AAGAGGAUGUCCAAUAAAAAUUAUACAAUGAUUCAUUACCAUAUUCCAUAAGAUUUAGAUGAUCCUGAAUAGCCCAAUGCUUAUACGUAUUGAGUAUAGGUAAAUAUUAUUAGAAUUCAAUUGAAUAUAAAAGACAUUACUUAUACUGAUAUUCUUAAAACAUUUCCAAUCAAGGGACAAUUUGAUUUUAAAUUCCUUUAUCAACAUUAAAAGGAUAAUUUUUGGUUAGACAUUAAAUCUAAUGCUACUCCUUUACCAAUUGUGAAUAAACAUAUUCAUGUGAGAGCUGAACGAAUCAAAAAAUAAUAAGAAACAUAGCCUAUAUAAAUUAUAUAACCAGUAUAACAAACCCCAUCUGUUUCAUAAUAAACGAAUGAUUUAAUGUAAUUUUGA